GCCUUUUCUGCGUUUAACAACGAACCCCGAGCGGUUGGUCACCGAAAUACCGAAGUUCAGACGGUACUCCGCCGAGGCAAUCACAAUUGGCACUGCGACAGCGGAAGAAGAUGCAACGUCAUCUACUACCACGUCAAAGCGAGCCGCUCCGUUUCUUGCAGACGAAAUUCUGGCGAAACUCGAAGCGCCAGCAGGAGGACAAACCGACGGUAAACAAUCGGCGCUCUGGAACGAAGUAUGGCUCCGGGGACGCAGACAUCUAGUCACCUGGUUCAUCCUGUCGGUGAUCCAGGGGUUGCUUACGAAUCUGGCAUAUCAAAUGUAAAAAUGUCUGGGUCAGUCUGGAAUGUUGCUGGGUUUGACAUGCAGAUUUUGCAUGGCCCAGAAUGUCUAUAAUGCAUGACCUAGCAUCACAGAUUUUUCGAGGGCUUCUGGAUGCCUAAUCCGCAUGACAAAUGCCCUCCCCGCGUAGCACAAACUAGACUCCUCUUGCUGAUCAUGCAUUACAGAUUUUUUUGGAGUCCAGAGUUAGCAUCACAAGCUCCAACCUUCCAGGCCCAAACAUUUUUACAUUUGAUAUAGCCCGUCCG